AUGCAGAACAAAGAUGAGUCGUCGGGUUUGAUGCGGGACAGGCGAAGUGAAUAUUCGAAGGACUUGAAUACGCAAUCACAAUCGCAGUCGCAUUCGUGGUCGUCGUCCAUUUCGACAAUCGCUGAAGAAUCGGCGGCGGAUGGUCAUGACGGCAGUGGACGAAGGACGUCGGGUAGUAGUCGAAGACCUUCUGUUGCGUAUUCAAUGCCCGCGAUGCAACCGAUAACUUCUCUUGAGGAUGCAGGGUAUAUGAAAGAUACCGACUCCUACCGAAGUUGGAACAGAUUGCCUCGGAUCGGAGAAUCUGUGCGAGCUCGCAAGUUUUCAAUGAAUCUCGUUUCUCAUAAUGUUAACGGCGUUUCAAAGCAGAUUCUUUACGAUUCUCGCUACAAUCCGUAUUUCUCAAAACUAGACAUAUUUUUCUCGUUCAACUCUCAAUGCAAAGUUGGCGAGGUUUACACACACGCGAAAUCUCGACUGAAGUCGUUUGUCGAGUUUCUCGAGCUUUAUCAUAAUUCCUGGCGCUAUGCGUCCGCAUGCUACCCUUUUAACGUUAACAUCAACCCAAAUUCUAAAAGGGGUGGAUACCCUUCCUAUAUAGCGGGUCAGAACUACGAGGAAAUUGGGGAAAUGAUUAGAUUGUGGUUUAUUCAGUCGCUAAAGUUCCUAUUGGGAAAAAAUUCGGCUCUUUUCUCUGAUGAGAUUGCUCAGUUUUUGGGCAGAUACUCGGCUCUUUAUAAGCCUUCUAAUGAUGAAGAGCCAUCGCCCAAUGACAAUCAAAAUUUCUUGCAAGACGCUAUGAGAACAACAGAUAUUCUCCUCAUUCGCUGCUCGAUGGAUCAAGAGUUUGGUUGGCAAUUAGCUCUUGAUGAACCCAAUUGGAACGUUUUAGACUAUUUGGUGGAUAUUUCUCCACUUAACGGCAAAACUGAAGACGUUACGCUAGGAACGGAACGAAAUGGACUGAAGUCCCCCAAUUCAGAAUCUAAUAGCUCUAUCAGUUCCUCAGCGACGCCUUUUAGUUCUGAGGACUCGCCGAAUCAAGACCUCGAUCGCGGAGACCCUACCGAGCAUUUAGACAAGAAUACACCGAGUACUUUUUUGAAUUCCGAAGCUUUCAUGAAUAGCGACACGUUUGCUGAUAUUUAUGCCUCUGGCCGUUUAGAAGAUUGUGUGGGUCGAGACUUCAGAACGUUGCCAGCAAGAGGCUCGGAGCUCGCCAAAGCAAAAGGAGCGUUUUUAGAACCUUCAACUAAUGAUAGUGAUGAGGCAUUAUCAAUCAAAGAGAAAAAAUCGCAUAAAGGCUUCAAAGGCGCUCCAUCAUCGCUCAGCUUGAGUAAUCUUUUCAGAAGAAAAGCAUCGCAUUCUGAUCCACCUAAAAGUGAGACCAAGACUAGAGGAGUUAAUACAGAAGACUUGGACAAGUCCUCUCUUCAAAUACAAAACACCUAUCUGGAGGGCUAUUAUGCUAGCAUACUUGCGAAUUACCGACAUAUACAAUUGCCGACACAAUUCAUGUUUCCGAAAAAAUGUGUGAAAAAGUUGAUGGCCUCAACCCCUAAGGGCGAACAUCCCAGCAUCUCUCAGGAGUAUAGAAGGCAGUAUCUACAGAUUCGCUUACCCCUUAAGAGCGAAUCCUUCCCAGUUGUUAUGUGCCCCGACAUAUGGUUUAAUUUAGCGCAAAACAAAUGGAAAGGAUUUCUUAAAGAAUUGUUUCGGUGCAUCGUACCGGGGGGUUAUUUGCAAACUUCGACUUGUAAUUUCGGUACCGUGAACGCUUGUGAAGAUCUAGAGAAGACAAAAAGGGAGUUUCCGACAACUGUCGAACUUAAAGCCCUUUCGGACGCGGUUACAUUAGAGGCAGCAAAAUUGGGCAUUCAACCAUUUCCUAUGAAAUAUCUUGUGCAGCUUUUGAAAGAAGUGGGAUUCGUCAAUGUAAAAUACUCUGUUGUAAGUCUCAAGAGAGGGGACUUAAGCACAGAGAUGGGCAUGGUUUUCGAAUUUUUUAUCUUGCAUGGUUUCGACUUUCAACUGAGAACGGGAUUUCUAGAUAGCUCUUCUUGUCCAUCCGAUUGUCAGCCAGCUUCUUUUCCCUUACGCUACGUUAACGAACACAUGGGCAAAUGUGAUGAAAAUGCAGGCGUUUCCAGGUACGUAUUGGUGACGGCUCAAAAGCCAAAGCGCGAUAAAAAACCAACUAAAUCAGCGUAG